CUCCGAAGAUCGUCGCUACGAGGGCUUCGAGUCCCGGGAGAAGCCGAGAGGCUCAUCGCGAAACUUUUCGCGGAUGAUACGACGGUGUACCUAAGCAAAGAUGAUGAAUAUGGGGUAAUGCUUGAAAUUACGGCGAAGUGGUGCCGUGCGGCGCGAGCCCGGUUCAAUGAGGAGAAAACUGAAGUCCUACCGAUUGGAUCACCGGAGUUCCGUGCGCGAGUCAUUGCAACAAGGAAGAUGACCGCGGACGGCUCUCUGAUUCCCCAGACAGCGCACAUAGUACCGGAAGGCGCGGCAAUCCGCUCUCUAGGUGCCUGGAUCGGGAACGGCAUCGACGACUCGGCUCCCUGGACACCAGUGGUGAACACAAUCCAGACAAAUCUCGCUAAGUGGCAGAAAGGGAAGCCAUCCCUGAAUGGCCGUAAGCUCGCUAUAGGCAUAGAGUUGGCGGGGCGUACCCAAUUCAGAGCGACUGUGCAGGUAAUGCCGAAGAGUGUUGAGAAGAGGCUGACGAAGAUCAUGGUGGACUUUGUCUGGGAUGGUGAUCUGCACCCCCGAAUUGAACGCGAACAGCUCUAUAAGCCCAUCACAGCUGGGGGCUUAAAGCUCCUGGACAUACACUCUAGGAACGAAGCGAUAGACCUAAUGUGGCUACGACGGUACCUCACCCUGGGCCUAAAACGCCCC